AUGAAUAUAGCGGAGUAUCUUUCAUCCAGUCAUCCGGAUGAUCUGCGAUAUCGUUUGAGUAUUGCAUACGCUGUGCGCAAUUUAGAGCAACAACAAAGUCAGCUAGUGACAAGUGUUGAUGGGAAUCAGCUUUCCGCGCCAUGGAGGAGUGAUGAAAAAUUUGUCCGACGUUUUCUAAUAUUCGGCAACUCUGAUGGUAUUUAUUUUGCAAGGCAAACGGAAUUCACAUGUACUUUAGAGCCCGGCUUAUGCCGCAUUAUUCAAUCAGGUUGA